ACCCUAAUUGAUUGGCAUAUCAUUUGUUCCCUUUCAUAUUCUUUAAUCCCCCAAAACCAGAAAGAUAUCCAUGCGUCUUUCUUAAGCAGAAUCUUCAUCUCUCUGUUCCUUUUUUCACAUUCACACUUUCUUUCUUUCUUUCUUUCGAUUUUUGCGUCUCUAAGGUUCAAUAGUUUCACCCUAAGAUUCACAGAGACGCAAAACACAGAAAGAUGACUGAACAAACCGUCGCCGAUUUGCCCAUGAAAAAGCCCCGAGAAGGCGAGGAGAACGGAGCCAUCGCCACCGCCAAUGGCGGUGGAUGCAUAUCGUCUGUUAUUCCUGGUUGGUUUUCGGAGAUUAGCCCAAUGUGGCCUGGAGAAGCACACUCUUUGAAGGUUGAAAAGAUACUGUUUCAGGGCAAGUCUGAUUACCAGGAUGUUAUGGUUUUUCAGUCAGCAACAUAUGGGAAAGUUCUUGUUUUGGAUGGUGUAAUUCAACUUACGGAAAGAGAUGAAUGUGCAUAUCAAGAAAUGAUCACUCAUCUCCCACUUUGUUCGAUCCCCAACCCUAAGAAGGUUUUGGUUAUCGGAGGAGGAGAUGGUGGUGUCUUGCGUGAAGUAGCUCGCCAUUCUUCAGUUGAGCAUAUUGAUAUAUGCGAGAUUGAUAAGAUGGUAGUCGAUGUUUCUAAAGAAUAUUUUCCUGAUGUAGCGGUUGGAUACGAGGAUCCCCGUGUCACACUCCACGUUGGUGACGGAGUUGCGUUUCUAAAGGCUGCUCCGGAAGGAAGUUAUGAUGCUGUUAUAGUUGAUUCUUCGGAUCCAAUAGGUAUACCGCCUGCCCACCCCCCCCCCCCCUUUCAGAACCCGUGUAAAAUGUACUUAAAAAAAGUGAAUUUGAUGAACUUAUAUGGUAAUCUAACUUCAGGUCCUGCACAAGAACUUUUUGAAAAGCCGUUCUUUGAGUCGGUUGCAAAAGCGCUUCGGCCAGGUGGGGUCGUUUGUACUCAGGCUGAGAGCAUUUGGCUCCAUAUGCAUAUCAUCGAAGAUAUUGUUGUGAAUUGUCGCCAGAUCUUUAAAGGGUCCGUUAACUAUGCUUGGACCACGGUUCCUACAUAUCCGAGUGGGGUUAUCGGCUUCAUGUUAUGUUCAACCGAGGGGCCGGAAGUCGAUUUCAAGAACCCAAUAAAUCCAAUAGACGCGAUAGAAAACCAGACCAAGUCUAUAGGACCGUCCUUGAAGUUCUACAACCAAGAGAUUCAUUCAGCUGCUUUCUGCUUGCCUUCUUUUGCCAAGAAAGUGAUCGAAGCCAAAUCAGUAAACUGAAAUAUACGAAAAUAAGACAGUUAGUGAGAGAAGGCAGAAUAGCGCGCGUAAAGUUUCCCGACUUCCAGUUGUUGAUUGAAGAUGGUUUGAAGACGAUCGAACCACAAAUCGGAAUAAUUUGAGGUUUUUGUUUUGAUCACUAUUAUGCUGCUGCUGCUCAUAUCAGGUGCCAAAUUUAGCAAGUUUUUAUAUCUUUGAUAGUACUAUAAAUUUGGUCACAAUAGCAGCUUUGCUUAUGUUUAUGCACAAUUUCUUAUGUUUUCCAUAGAUUUUAUGGGAAAUUUUAAUAUUAAAUUCGAAUCUUUCGGGCUUCAA